AUGAAUUCAGACUCCAGCCCGAGCAGCAGAGCCUCUUCCCCGGACAUGGACGGCAUGUUUCUUCGAGAACAUCUCCCGCACCAUCAUCACCACCACCUCGCCUCCUCCGUGUCCUCCUCCACCCAGGGCGGUGAGCAGCAGCGCCAGAAGAUCAGCGGCGGUGACCACCUGUCCCGGUCUGGGGACGCCAAGUCAGUGGGCAGCAGCAGCAGCAACAGCAGCAGCAGCAAGUACAAACUAAAGAAACAAGUCACAGAGGAGGAGAUGUACGCGCUGCGCCUUAAGAUUAACGGCCGGGAGCGGAAGCGCAUGCAUGACCUGAACCUGGCCAUGGACGGCCUGCGGGAGGUGAUGCCCUACGCACACGGGCCCUCUGUGCGGAAGCUGUCCAAGAUCGCCACGCUGCUUCUCGCCAGGAACUACAUCCUGAUGCUCACCAGCUCCUUGGAUGAGAUGAAGCGGCUGGUGGGGGAGAUUUACGGAGGCCAGCACUCCGCUUUCCACUGUGGGACCGUGGCGCACGCCGCCGGCGCCGGUGGACACUCCGGGGGCCCCGUCGCCGCGGCAGCUGCCGCCGCCGCAGCUGCGCACCAGGUGCACCCGCUCCUCGGAGGCGCGCUGUCUUCGUCCACGUCGUCCACUCUGUCCAGUACGCUGCCCGGGCUCACGUCUAUGCGUGCGCCUCACCCACUGAUGAAGGGCUCCCCGGCUGCGCCCCCGGCCCUUCAACUGGGCUCCGGCUUCCAGCACUGGGCAGGACUGCCGUGUCCCUGCACCAUCUGCCAGGUGCCCCCCCCUCCUCACAUCCCCAUCACCUCCACCAGCCUCACGAGACUCACAGGGGAGGGCAAGGACGUGAUGAAAUGA